CAGAAAUGGCUGCGGUGCAGUGGCGUUCCCGUGGGCGCAACUAUGAGGCAGAGCAGCAGAGGUGUCGCUGCGAGGCGUCUCCAGUGGAGUUCGGAGAAUACCAUCCCCUCAAGCCCAUCAUGGUGACGGACACCAAGACCCGGCGUGGAGCCCGUAAGGGCAGCACCUCCUCCUCCUCCUCCUCCUCCUCCUCCGUCCCCCCUUCAGACCCCCUCAGCUCCAUGCUGGACGGGACCGACCCCCUGUCCAUGUUUGCAGCGGCCUCUGGCAGCGAGUCUCACGCCACGUCCCACAGCAGCUCUGCAGGGGAGCUUGGGAGGAAGAAGAGAGAGAAGGAGGAGGAGGCGGUGGGGCCAGACUUCGAGCCGUGGUCUUCCAAACGAGGGGAAAUACUGUCCAGGUUCACCACAACUGAAAAACUCUCAAUUAAUCUCUUCAUGGGCUCGGAAAAAGGAAAGGCUCCCAGCCCCGGCACAUCAGCUGUUUCAGAGAAAGUUCGCACUCGCUUGGAGGAGCUGGACGAUCUGGAGGAGGGUUCCCAGAGGGAGCUCCUGAACCUCUCCCAGCAGGAUUACGCCAACCGCAUCGAGGAGCUGAACCAGUCCCUGAAAGAGGCCUGGUCCUCCGACCAAAAGGUCAAAGCCCUGAAGAUCGUCAUCCAGUGCUCGAAGCUGCUGUCCGACACCUCGGUCAUCCAGUUCUACCCCAGCAAGUUCGUUCUCAUCACAGACAUCCUGGACACGUUCGGUCGUCUGGUCUUCGACAGGAUCUGGACCAUGUGUUCGGACCCCCGACCGUUACCGGACAACUUCACAGUGGAAGACGUGAACGACACGGCGAAGGAGACGUGCCUCAACUGGUUCUUCAAGAUCGCCUCCAUCAGAGAGCUCCUGCCCAGACUAUAUGUGGAAGCUGCCAUUCUCAAAUGUAACCGGUUUCUCACCAAAUCCGGCAUUCAGGAGACUCUCCCACGGUUGACCGCCAUGAUCAGAGGGAUCGGAGAUCCUCUGGUGGCUGCGUACGCCAGAGCUUACCUCUGCAGGAUCGGCAUGGAAGUGGCCCCGCAACUCAAAGACAACCUGAACCGCAACUUCUUCGACUUGCUCGGCACCUUCCGGCAGAUCAGCGGAGAGACUGUCCGCAAUCAGCUGGUCCUGCAGAGGGUGGAGCCACCCGAGUAUCUGACCCUCUACUCUCCAGCUAUCAACUGGAUCCUGCAGUGCAUCGCCUACCGAGCUCCCGAGCCACUGCUGACGGAGAUGAUGGAGAGAUGCAAGACACUAGGAAAUAAUGCACUGCUUCUAAAUUCCGUCAUGAGGGCGUUCAGGCCGGAGUUUGUUGCGGCAAGGGCCACUGACUUCAUCGGCAUGAUUAAAGACUGCGACGAAUCGGGCUUUCCGAAGCACCUGUUGUUUGGAUCUCUGGGUCGCAGUCUGGCCUGCGCCGAUCCUCCAGAAUCAGAGAGGCUGACGAUCCUGAACGAAGCCUGGAAGGUGAUCACCAAAGUGCGCAGUCCGCAGGAUUACAUCAACUGCGCUGAAGUCUGGGUGGAAUUCACCUGCCGCCACUUCACAAAACGCGAAGUCAACACAGUUCUGGCUGACAUGAUCAAGCACAUGACCCCUGACCGAGCGUUUGAGGACGCCUAUCCUCAGCUGCAGUCAGUGAUCCAGAAGAUCCUCACCUACUUCCACGACUUCUCCGUUCUCUUCUCCAUGGAGCGCUUCCUGCCAUUCCUCGACAUGUUCCAGAAAGACAGCGUGAGGGUGGAGGUCUGCAAAUCCAUCAUGGAGGUCUUCAUCAAGCAUCAGGUGGAGCUCACCAGGGACCCGGUCAUCCUCAACGCCAUGCUGCACAUCUGCAAGACCAUGCACGACUCUGUCAACGCUCUCACUCUUGAAGAUGAGAAAAGAUCUUUGUCUCUGCUGAUCAUCGGUUUCAUCCGCGUGGUCUCCUUUGGCCGCGACUUCGAGCAGCAGCUGAGUUUCUGUGUGGAGGCCCGAGCCACGUUCUGCAACCUGGAGCCGGUGCUGGUGCAGCUCAUCCAUACGGUGAACCAGCUGGCCAUGGAGACCAGGAGGGUGAUGAGAGGGAGUCACUCCCGGAAAACCGCCGCCUUCGUCCGGGCGUGUGCGGCGUACAGCUUCAUCACCGUCCCGUCUCUCAGCAGCAUCUUCAGCCGCCUCAACCUCUACCUGCUCUCCGCUCAGGUUGCGUUGGCCAACCAGUGUCUCUCCCAGGCCGAUGCUUUCCUGAAGGCGGCGGUCGGCGUUCUCCCCGAGGUUCCUCGCUCCAUCAGCGUGGAGGGGAAGCUGCGUUCUUCUGAGAGCUUCCUGCUGGACUUCAUCAACAACUUUCUGGCAACACUGCUGGUUGUCCCGGACCACCCGGAGCACGGGGUGCUCUACUUAGUCCGGGGUCUGCUCAACAUGGUCCAGGAUUACACCUGGGAGGACUCCAGCGACGCCAAGGUGCGAGUCUACAUCAGCGCGCUGCCUCUGUUGGCCGCCAUGAGUCAGGAAUCCUUCCUCUACUCCAUCCCCGAAGUUGACUCCAAUGAGACGUUGUACGGAGGAGACCCCAAGUUUCUGUCUGAGAUCAACAAGCUGUGUGAGACUCUGAUCGGGCAGAUCCUGGACCAUCUGAAGGCGCUCAGCCGGGACGACCAGAGCGCACGGCGUCAAAGCGCUCUGGCCUUCUCUCUGUUUGCUGUCCUGCUGGCUCACGGUGAGCUGAGGAACAACAAGCUGAGCCAGCUGGCCGUCAACUUGUGGAACCUCAGUCACAAACAUGGACACUGUGAGACGUCAAUGUCUGUUCGGACUCUGGAGUCCAUCAAACAUCAGGCUCAGCAGCCCGACACGGCUCACCUGUCGGAUACAGUCCAGAGGCUGGCACUGCAGUCCCGCACCUGAACACCGGCCGUCACACUGCUUGGAGAAAAGCUGUUCCAGAGAAAUGCUGUGUCAAUAAAAACAGAAAUGACUGAACAAAUGUUUCAAAGCCCGUUGGAUUUGACAUGUUCACACACUGAGUUCAGAUGCUGAUGAACAAACUAAUUUUAACCACAAAACAGCUGAUUUUGUUCAACGUUGAAGCGUUUUAAAACUGUUUCCAGUGUAGCUAUUUCAUUCUGGUCAACAAAUAAACUUUGAUGAAAGAAACAAAGAU